AUGGCCCCGAAGAGAGGCCAAGGCAAGAAAGUUGCCGCUUCCAAAACGCCGGCAGUGCCACAAGAAGCAGAUUACGUUGUCUUCACCAAUUCUAAAGGCCCUGAUGUACCGAAUCGCAAAAAGAAGGCAGAGGAUAAGGACGCAACUCCUGCACCGCCUCGUCCAGACACGAAGAAAUUGAUUGGUGGCGCCUCCUGGACGGGUAAGCUUCCAGUCAAUCUGCUCUCGGAGCAGUGCCAGCGAGAGAAAUGGAACAAGCCAGAGUAUAGCAUGCGAACUGUCAACAACGAUGGAGAGAAGGCUUUUCGGUCGUCCGUCACGCUGUCGAAGAGGGAUCCCAAAACUCAGGAGGUAACUACACUUCCCUCCUUUGAGCUCCCUCGCUCGCAUCAGGACCAGGCAAACGAGCCCACUGCAUUGGAAGCACGCCAUUUUGCUGCUACCUAUACACUGCAUAGGAUCGCGAGCAUGAAACAGAUUCAUAUGGCACUACCACCCAAAUAUCGCGAUCUUUGGAAAGGAUUGUUCGCAGAUCUAAAGAAGGAGGAUGUGGCGGAGAACAGAGGGUGGAAAUACGAUGCUGACCCUUUUGCUGCGGAUGCCAAACGUAAAGAAAUCCAUGCUGCAAUGGAUAAGCGGAAGGAGGACCAGGAGAAAAGGGACGCCAAGAAAGCAGCUGAGAAAGAGGCUGGCAUUGUGCCGAUACCUCGAAACAGUGCCUUCGCUCGAGCACCGCGAAUAGAGUUGGGCGAGAACCUUCGCAAUGAGCUCGAGGGUGUGGUCAGAGCAAAUACCCAUUGGAAUGUCAACCAUAUUCACCUAAGCAGAUCGGACCAACAGCAAGCUGAAGCGGAGCUGACAGCGUCCGGCUUCCGUGCUGCCCACGUUCGUGAAGCUUUGGAAUAUGUUGGCAGUCGAGAAGAAGCAUUUGAAUGGUUGCUUAUUCACGUUCCCGAAGAUGACCUACCUCCAUGGACACUACCGUCAACCUACAGUGCAGGAGUCAGCUUGGCUAGUACUAACCCUACCAAGGACGCAAAAAUUCGUCGUCUUGCGCGAGCUGGAUACUCCGGGAAUCUUUGCUCUCAAGCUCUCCGAGACAAUGACGAUAACGAGCUUGAGGCCUUAGAGGCACUGCAGUCUAGCCUGGUUCCUCCCGGAAUCUCUGAAGCUACAGAGGCGUUCUUGGACAUCGACGUCUGGGAAGAAGAGAUGACAGCCCUGGAAGCUAUCCAGGGAGAGAAUUUCGUGCUACAUGGACCAGGUGCUUGCUCCAUUAAAAUACAACAGCCGCAACCUAGCUCAACAACUAUACACUUCUAUAAGCCGCAGUCCGGCUACCCUGAUCGGUCUGUGCCCAUUAUAGCCAUUGAUGCUCCAAUCCCAGCUCAUGUCCGCUUGAGCGCUCUCCGGCAAUGCUUGAAUUAUGCUUGGAACACCCUCAUUGGCGACCAGAUGCUGUACGCUCUCAUUGAAUGGCUCGAAGCAAAUCUAUCAAACGUGCUUGCGAACCCUGGCAAGUUGAUUGACAUUGAUGUCGAAGCAACAGAUCUUGGCCUGAAGCAAGUAGCAGAGAAUGCAAAAUCCGAAGCCAAGAGUAAGAUCUCACCUCCUCAGCGUCUGCCGACCCGUACUAGCGCUAAGGACCGACGGAAUGAUGCCGAAAUCAAGCAGGCUUGGGAAGCGCGACAGAGAACUGAUGCACAGCAGCAGAUGCUCAAAUCUCGUCAGGCUCUGCCUGCGUGGAACAGGCGUGCUGAAGUCGUCGAUGCGAUUAAAAGUAAGCAGGUGACCCUCAUCACGGGUGAGACUGGAUCCGGAAAGUCGACACAGAGCUUGCAGUUUGUCCUCGACGAUGCUAUACAGAAUGGCACGGGAUCUACUUGCUCAAUGAUUUGCACGCAACCUCGACGAGUUGCUGCACUGUCGUUGUCGGACAGGGUGAGCGCUGAAAGAUGUGUGUCGGAGGGCGACGAGGUAGGACACAUUAUUCGUGGAGCCUCAAAGACCUCUUCGAGAACAAAGAUUACUUUCAUGACGACGGGCGUCCUGUUGCGUCGACUCCAGAUGUCAAAAAGCACAAAAGCGGCACUGGAGGGCAUCAGCCAUGUUUUCGUCGAUGAAGUUCAUGAGCGUUCGCUGGACACCGACUUCCUGCUGGCAUUGCUGAAGGAUGCAAUGAAGACAUCAAAGCUGAAGGUCGUAUUGAUGAGCGCCACAGUUGACGCAGACAUCUUCGCUAGCUACUUCGGAGGAGACUCAAUGGUAGCUCGGGCUCAUAUCGAAGGGCGUACAUAUCCUGUCCAGGACCUAUACCUCGAUGAUGUGCUUCGAAUGACAGGCUAUGUCGGUCAGCAACUUCAAGAAGAAGAUCGUGACCGUGAAUUGGGCAAAGCUAUACAGAGCCUAGGUGCAGGCGUCAAUUAUGAUCUGAUCGCCGCUCUCGUCACCCAAAUCGACGGCGAUCUCGGGACCAAGCCCGGUGGGAUCUUGAUCUUCUUACCAGGAACACUAGAGAUCGACCGCUGCCUCAGAGCAGUCACUCAGGUCCCCCGAAUGCACGCUCUGCCGCUCCACGCAUCACUACUCCCAGCUGAGCAGAAACGUGUCUUCCCUCCAGCUCCCAAGGGCACACGCAAGGUCAUCUGCGCCACUAAUGUCGCCGAGACGUCCAUCACCAUCCCUGACAUUGUUGCGGUCAUCGAUACUGGUCGUGUAAAAGAAACAGCGUACGACAUAGUGUCUAACAUUGUUCGACUGCAAGAGGUAUGGGCGUCCAAAGCGCAAUGCAAACAACGCCGUGGCCGCGCUGGUCGUGUCCAGGCCGGCACCAAUUACAAGCUCUACACCCGCAAUGUUGAAGCUUCCAUGCGUGCGGCCUCCGAACCCGAAAUCCAGCGGGUACCCCUCGAACAACUCUGUCUCAACGUCAAAGCUACAGCGCCUGCUGUUGAUGUCUCUGCGUUCCUCCGCAACGUCAUCUCUCCACCGUCCUCAACAGCCGUUACCAAUGCUGUCUCCCUACUACAUCGCAUGGGCGCUCUAGAAUCAAACCUCCUCACGGGUCUGGGAACGUACAUGUCCAUGCUUCCCACAGACCUGCGCCUCGCGAAACUUGUCAUCUACGGCGCCCUUUUCAGUUGUCUGGAAGCCGCACUCACCAUCGCCGCCAUCCUCACCGUCAAGUCGCCCUUUGUCUCCCCGCGCGAUAAGCGUGACGAGGCCAAGGCCGCACGACUCGCUUUCCCAUCCGCAGACGGCGACCUCCUCCUCGACCUCGCAGCAUUCAGCGAGUGGAAGACCAACCUGUCCCGCCUGCCCAACCGGGAAGUCGCACAAUGGUGCAACGCACACUUCCUCUCUCAGCAGACUCUCCGGGACAUCGAUUCGACACGAUCACUCCUGCUCGACGCACUCAAAGAAGCAGCGUUGCUGCCGCCAAAUUACUAUUCGCGCGACACUGCGCCUACGUAUGGCCAGUUCAACGCCCAUCUGGACAACCGCCCACUCCUCCGCGCCCUGAUCGCCGGUGCCCUCAGCCCCAACAUCGCCGAAAUCAAGUUCCCCGAGAAGAAAUUCAUGGCGAGCAUCUCGGGCGCCAAGGAGCUGGACCCGGAGGCUCGCACCAUCAAGUUCUUCACUGAGCCACCUUCUUCCUUGUCCUCCUCCUCCACCUCCGGCGAUGCUUACCCCGACAAUUCUGCCGCCGGCAAACCACCAACAAGCAACAUCAACACUACCAAUAACAACGAACGCGUCUUCCUCCAUCCCAGCACCGCCCUCUUCACCGCGCAAUCCUUCCCCAACCACUCGGCCUACGUCUCCUUCUUCACGCGCAUGGCCACCUCCAAGACGUUCGUGCGCGAGGUCACGCCCGUCAACGCAUAUGGGCUGCUGUUGUUCGGGGGCCGCGUCGAAGUGGACGGGUCGGGCGCGGGCGUCAGCGUCGACGGGUGGGUGCGGAUGCGGGGGUGGGCGAGGAUCGGUGUGCUGGUGGCGAGGUUGAGGGGCGUGCUGGAUGCGGAGCUGAGGAGGAGGGUUGAGGGGGAGGGGGGAGAGAGUGGGGAGGGCGGUUGGGGUGCUGGUGCCGGCGGGAAGGAGUGGGAGCGCGUGCAGAGGGUGGUGAGGAGGUUGGUCGAGUUGAAUGGGCAGGAUGUGUAG